GUCACUGGUCCCUGCUGUCCCUGCCCCUCUCCCCGUCCUCACCCCAGUCUCCCUGCCGGGAAAGGCAGCAGGGAAUGCUCAGGGCCGACGAGGGUCCAGGGGCUGUGUUCAGCAGACGCCAGUGGGAAUAGCUCCAGCGAGGACUCUCCCUCCGUCUUCACGUUUCUCUCUUUUGCCCCCAGAAACCCCAUGAAGUGGUUGGAUCCCCAAACCUUCUACUUCAACUUCGACAACCUGCAAUACGCCUAUGGUCGGUACCACUGCUACCUCUGCUUCCAAGUGGAAAGAGAGGUGAAUGGCUCACUUGUCCACGUUGACAUGGGCGUCUUUGUAAACCAGUCUGCUGAUGACAACUGCCACGUAGAACUCUGCUUCCUCUCUUGGUUCUACGCCUGGCUGUCUCCUGACGAGCGCUACCAUGUCACCUGGUUCAUGUCCUGGAGCCCCUGCUCCCAGUGUGCACAGCAGGUGGCUGAGUUCCUGAAGAAGCACAGCAACGUGAACCUGAGCAUCUUCGCAGCCCGCCUCUACCACUUCAAGGAUCCAGAAAUCCAGCAGGGACUUCGCACCCUGAAGCGCACAGGGGUCCAGGUUGCCAUCAUGUACUUCAGUGAUUUUUUAUAUUGUUGGAACAACUUUGUGCGCCACGGCGGAAUGCGCUUCAUUCCUUGGAAAGGUAUUAAUAAAAAUUAUUGGAUCCUGGUCACAACGCUUGAGGAAAUUCUCUGGUGAGAGCCUCC